UUUUUUUAUUUUGAAUUCCGACCUUUAAGGGCCCAUUCAGACGUUUCUUAACAAAGGGCCGAGAAAUCGAAGGAUCGCUUCGUUUUUCACAAACGGCUGAGUUUUACUUCGAGUUUCAGAAUCCGAAAAGCGAACACGAAAUGAUUGAACUCGGCGAUUAUAUCACUCUUCUUGAGAACAGUCUUCUUGACAGCGUGGAUGUUGACAAGAAGAAUUUAACUGAAGGUGAAGAAUUGACGUGGUUCGACGAAGAUUUCUCAACAGGCUGUUUUGAGAAGUUGCUUGGUAGUGAAAAAUGCAAAGAGUUUUUGGAGUCCAUAAAUUUCACAAGUGCCGCGAGCUUGAGCUUUUGUCCAUUGGAAUUGCGAGUCUGCAGUACUUUGUCGAGCUGAACUGGACAGGUCCCAACGUGACCGACACCCUGGAGUGGUUGACGGAUAGGAAAUCUGAGGUUAGGCUUGAAAUGGAGCUGGACGCUGAAAGUCUCAGCCCACUCGUCGAGGGCGUCCAAUGGCUGCUGCUCGCCCGCUCCAUCCUCGUCCGCAACUGCACAAACUUCUCCCACUUCAAGAUGUUUUCGAUUUGGUGGGGUCUGCGAUGCGUUUAUGCCCACCAAAGCGUGCUUGAAGAGCCGUCAAAAAGUUUGCAUUCCACUCUGGAGGACCUCCUGUCUCUCAUGGCAGACUGCAGUCCGUGGAUCUCGAGGCCCCACAAUGUCAAAACGCCAGAAUCAGAAGAGACGCCUGAGCCCCUUGAAGGGGUCUUUCCUGAGCUGCAGAAUCCAGUGUGGCGCCGAGCAAGGUCCCUCUUCUGGACGGAAGCAGCGCACUUGAGGCUGCUCUACAGCCAAGUGCUCAAGGCGAGGGAUUGCGUUGAGCAGGCACUGGACGCUGCAAACAUGCAGCUCUCCCUCACAGGUGCCAUGGGAAGACGAACACAUUUCCAAGUGAAAGAAAUUGCCCAACUGACCCUGAAAGUGGACAAGGUCUCUCUGGCUUGUGACCAAAACGGCAAAGUUGGCUUGCCUUCGGACGUGCAAAAGGAACUUCCUACAGACCUGAAACUGGAUGACGACUUGCGACUUCCGCAAAUUCACUUCAGCGUAGAGGACGCUGGGAAAUUCCCCAAGCUCACCCCUGUUGAGCAGUGUGUGGUUCUGGCCUGCUUCUCGCAUGUUGUCAAGUCGCAACCAAAGGACGCAUUAGCCGAAGAGGAAGUUAUGCCUUACCUCAAUUGUGUUUUGUCAAACCCUCUGGUUUGGUCGGUCCAGCUUUUGGCUCUCUUGGCGCGGUGCAAACUCGAGGCAAGUCACCGCCGAACUAUCGAAAGGUCCAUGACCCAGGCUCAGUUGCUGGCAGACUGCAUUUUCAAGAGUAAUCCACCAGCAAAUGUUCGCUCAGAGUUAAUAUACGCUUCUUUUUUGCCUCCGCACUGGAAGAUACAGGUUGAACUCGCAAGUCUGCUGAUCAGUCUGGGAGCAAUCAACAGCGCCUUGGACAUUUUCCUCCGACUGCAGCAGUGGGAAGAUGUUGUUGCUUGUUACCAUUUGUUAGAAUUGCGCCACAAAGCGGCUGAGGUCAUUAGGGUGGAAAUCGCAAAAAAUCCCAGUGUAAAAUUGUACUGCAUGCUCGGAGAUGCUUCUGAUGAUGUGACCUGUUACGAAAAGGCCUGGGAAAUGUCUGGUUUAAAGAGUGCCAAGGCCCAGCGCCACUGGGGAUUUUACUUCUACCACAGAAAAGAUUUUGACAACGGAAUUUUGCAUUUGGAAAAGUCGCUCGAGUUGAAUCCUUUACAACCAACUGUGAUGAGUCGAUUGGCAUUCAUGUACCUGGAAAAGGAAGACUGGCGGAAUUGCGCCAAAGUGUACAGACAGUUAUGCACUUUGGACGGAGAGAAUUUUGAGGCGUGGAAUAAUUUGGCCAAGGCUUACGUCAAGCUGGGGGAGAAAGCGAGGGCCUGGAAGGUUCUUCAGGAAUCGAUCAAGUGCAACUACGAAAACUGGCAGGUGUGGGACAAUGUGAUGGUGGUCAGCAUUGACUGCGCUGAGUACCAAGAGGCUAUCAGAGCUUACCAUCGCCUUCUAGACCUGAGAGGCUCUCACGUAGACACAGAGGUCCUGGCAAUCAUUGCUAAAGCGGUCAUCGAAGACCUGCCAGACAACCACGGCAUCAAGUCGGGCAGACUUCGUAAAAAGGCCCUUGAGUUGUUUGGUCGCCUCACAAGUGUUGUUCCCAACGAGGCAAAGGUUUGGCAACAGUACGCCCGUCUGUGCAGCAGUGGUCCAGAUGCUGCAGCUCCCGUCACUUUGGAGAAGUUGGUGCAGUUUCUACAACGGGCUCAGCGGUGCGCAACCCAAGCGCCAAACUGGAGCCGCGAAAUCAAAUCUUGCCAGGAGGCAGUUGAAAUAAUGCUCAGUCUUGCCGAGACAUGUUUGGAGUUGUGCAGCAAAUUUAACAAACCGGCUGAUCAAAUCAAAAUCCUUGCUUCGCCUCGAAUGGCAAUGAAGUCAAUGCAGACAAAAAUAAAAAUGGAACAUACUGAUGCAGUUACUGGACAAGUGCAGAAAGAGAUUGCUGAAAGUUACAACAAGCUUUCAUCAAAACUUGAAGAGAUUGUAGAAAAAAAUAAUUCUUUGCUAGCCAAGAAUUUUUGAAUAUGUAAUAAAAUCACUUGUUGGCAACUUUAUCAAUAAGCUUCUCUAUUGAAAUAUAUCAU